AUGGAAAGAACAAUUACAGGAUCCACUGAUACUUAUAUGAUUCAUAUUCCAAUGAAACCAGAAGCUGAUACAGAAGCAAGGAUGUAUCAAAAGUAUCUCGCUUCAAAAGGCAAUGACAUAAAAGAGCAAUUCACAGGUUACAGAUUCAUUCGACUUACAAGUAAUCUCUUAUCAAUAAAGGAUAUAGAAUCACAAGUUGGUAUAUUAGGUUCAUUAUCUCAUCCAAAUAUUCAAAAUUUAUAUGACGUAAUUAUAGAAAACGAUGAUUUAUAUGCUAUAUACGAUAAAGAGUUCUUCUCUCUUGAAUCCAUUAUUGAUAAGAAUGCUAAAUUAUCCGAAAACCUUUCCAGACAAAUAUUUUUUCACAUUUUAUCGGCUAUUAUUUACUUGCAUUCACAAAAAAUCGUUCAUUUAGACAUAAAUCCAGAUAACAUCUUCUUUAACAAGCGAAAUAUUGCUUUUCUUGGUUCUUUCUUUAAAGCAUCAAGAGUUAGCGAAAAUUCAACAUUUAUCAACCCUCCAGGCGUUGCUAAUUUUAUGCCACCUGAAGUAUUCACAGGCAAGCCAUACGAUCCAUACAAAGUUGAUGUUUGGUCAUUAGGAAUUACUUUAUUAUUGUGUUUAACCAAUACAACACCAUAUGAAGCAGAUACAUAUGAAGGAGUUGUUCAUCUUAUUAAUACUACUGACCCUAUCAUUGAGUCAUUUAUACCUCAAGGAGCCAAAGAUGUACUAAAUGCAUGUUUCAAGAGGAAUCCUGCAGAAAGACCAACAGCUGCUGAAAUAUUCCAGAUGCCAUGGGUGCAGUCAUAUAUAAUUUAUCCGAAUCUUGACGUCCAAAGGAUCGAAAAUCCGUUUUCAAACGAAACUUCGAAGACAGUUAACUACCACCUUACAAUUAAGAGCAAAACUAUUGAUGAUAUUAAGUGUAUUAUAUCUGCAGGUGUAAGUCCUGCUGCACAUUGCUUCAAAAUCAUAUAUGAUGAUAAUUCGAAGUUGAUUAAUAUCAAAUUCAGAGGAAGUGAGUCGAUUCUACUUAUCAAGUAUGAUUUUGUAGCUGAUGUUGCUCACAUUUUGUUCAAAAUCCAAUCUGGUGAUAAUACAGGUGAAAUGCAGAAUUUGUUGAAGAGAAUUUUUGAGGAAUUUAGCAUAGGUUGA